AUGAACUCGGCUGUGGCUUCAUUGGAAGACAAGUUCAAGCUCGAAAUACGGAGACCUGAAUCCGUUGCGUGGCUGAAAGAUCAGGGGUUGAAUGCGAUCAGCCGAUGA